CUACCACGAGCGCAAGCAAGCAGAGCACCGUGGCAUCACAAUUCACACAAUACAGAGCGGCGAAGCUAGCUAGCUGAGAAUACCCGAGAGUAGCUGCUCUGCCUCAGCUCGGCUGCACUGCACGCGCGGACACAGCAGCAAGAACACACGCCCGUGCAAGAUGAUGCUCGCUUACAUGGACCGCGCCGCGGCGGCCGCCGAGCCGGAGGACGCCGGAGAGCCGGUCGUGGCGGAGGAUGUGGCCGGGUGCGCGGCGGCGAGGGACUUCGGCGGGCUGGUGAGCGUCCGGCCCGCCGCCGUGGUCCGCCCGGCGAGCGCGGACGACGUGGCCAGGGCCAUCCGCGCGGCCGCGCUCACGACGCACCUGACCGUGGCCGCCCGCGGGAACGGGCACUCCGUGGCCGGGCAGGCCAUGGCCGAGGGCGGGAUCGUCCUCGACAUGCGCGCGCUCGCGCUCCCCCGCCGCAUGCCGAUUCAGCUCGUCCGCUCCCCGGACGGCGGCUCCUACUUCGCCGACGUCUCCGGUGGCGCGCUCUGGGAGGAGGUGCUCCAUUGGGGCGUCAAGAACCACGGCCUCGCACCGGCGUCGUGGACGGACUACCUCCGCCUCACCGUCGGCGGCACGCUCUCCAACGGCGGCGUGAGCGGGCAAUCCUUCCGCUACGGCCCGCAGGUGUCCAACGUGGUCGAGCUCGAGGUUGUGACCGGCGACGGCGAGUGCUGCGUCUGCUCCCCCUCCUCCCACUCAGACCUCUUCUUCGCCGUCCUCGGUGGGCUCGGCCAGUUCGGCGUCAUCACCCGCGCCCGCAUCCCCCUCCAUACCGCGCCCCAAACGGUGCGGUGGACGAGGGUGGUGUACGCGAGCUUCGCGGACUACACGGCGGACGCGGAGUGGCUGGUGACGCGGCCCCCGGACGCGGCGUUCGACUACGUGGAGGGCUUCGCGUUCGUGAACAGCGACGACCCGGUCAACGGCUGGCCGUCGGUGCCCAUCCCCGGCGGCGCCCGCUUCGACCCUUCCCUCCUCCCCGCCGGCGCCGGCCCGGUCCUCUACUGCCUGGAGGUGGCCCUGCACCAGUACCCGCACCAGCACCGGCCCGACGACGAGGACAAGAAGGUGGGCCGGAUGAUGGAGCCGCUCAAGUACGUGCGGGGCCUGGAGUUCGCGGCGGACGUCGGGUACGUGGAGUUCCUGUCGCGUGUGAACCGCGUCGAGGAGGAGGCCCGCCGGAACGGCAGCUGGGCCGCGCCGCACCCGUGGCUCAACCUCUUCGUCUCCGCGCGCGACAUCGCCGACUUCGACCGCGCCGUGUUCAACGGCAUGCUCGCCGACGGCAUCGACGGGCCCAUGCUCGUGUACCCCAUGCUCAAGAGCAAGUGGGACCCGGACACGUCGGUGGCGCUCCCGGAGGGCAGGAUCUUCUACCUGGUGGCGCUGCUCCGAUUCUGCCGGCCCUACCCGGGUGGUGGUCCGCCGGUGGAGGAGCUGGUGGCGCAGAACAGUGCCAUCCUCGACGCCUGCCGCUCCAACGGCUACGACUUCAAGACGUACUUCCCGCACUACCGCGCCGAGCCCGACUGGGCGCGCCACUUCGGCGCCGCCAAGUGGAACCGCUUCGUCGACCGCAAGGCCCGGUACGACCCGCUGGCCAUCCUGGCCCCCGGCCAGAAGAUGUUCCCCAGGGCCCCGUCCGUCGCUGCCCCCGUGAUCGUGUAGGAGAGGAGACCGAGUGGAAUUAUAAGGCUGAUUUUGUUGCUGCUGGCGGUAAUGAUGGCGAUUACGCUGCUGAUCCUGGUGAUGAUGAAUGGGAGCAGUUCGCAGGGUACAAUGAUGAUGAUAGGGUCACAGUUAGGUACAUUUGGGUGGCAAAGGGGGUGGAUGAGUUUGUGAAAUCUGCAUGAAUUUUCCCUCGAAAAAGGAGC